AUGACAACUCCUCUUACAACUCGCACCGAGAUAAUGUCGAUCCUCGAAAAUCGUGGCUACCGGGCUACUGCCCCCAGAAGGGUCAUCAUCGAGCUUCUGGAAGGCAAGAAAGAGGGCUUCACUGCUGAAGAGAUCAGCAACGAACUGCCCGGCGUUGGUCGCGCUACCGUGUUCCGCACCGUCAAACUGCUGCUGAACGCGGGUGUCCUGUGCCGCCUCAACAUGAUGGACGGCGCCCCCAGGUACAGCAUCUCCAGCGUUGAGCACCACCACCACACCAUCUGCGUCAAGUGCGGCAACGUGGGCGAAUUCCGGGCCACCAAUAUCGAAAACCUGAUGCGGGCCCUCAGCGAGCAGAUUCCCGGAGAAAUUGUAGGCCACCGCUUCGAAUUCUACGUCAACUGCGAGACCUGCCUUGCCAACUAG